AUGCAAGAGCAACAAGAAAUUUCUUUGCCAAAUUUUAACCUUGCUCCCAAAAAGAGUAAAAUUGUUAAAUCAGUUAAGCAUAUGAAUGAUUUAUGCGAUAAGCAUCUUUCUUUUCUCGAAAAACAUGAACUAUCUGAUAUUUGUAUUAUUGCCUCCAAUAAUGUCGAAUUCCAUGCUCACAAAAAUGUUUUGUCAGCUGGAAGUGAUUUCUUUUUGACCAUGUUUGGCGGUGACCUUAUGGAAUCAAAAGCUUCUGAAGUCAAAAUCCAUGAAGUGAUGGGUGAUAUCUUGAAACUUAUUCUCGUUUUUAUUUACACCGGGACUAUUGAUCUGCAAACCGAUACAGUAGAAGACAUCUUGAGAGCAGCUAACUUCUUUCAAAUAAAAGCAUUGAUUAAAGAGUGUUACAAUUUCAUGGGUGAAGAAAUGGAUUCUAGCAACUGUUUGGGCAUAGCUUUGUUCGCUGAUCAACAUGACUUGAAAGAGCUAUAUGAGAAAGCGACUCAAUUUGUUUGUAUGAAUUUCGAAAAAGUGGCCAAUAACGACGAGUUUCUAGACCUCACCGGGGAUCAAAUCGACAUGAUAAUUUCUAAUAAAAACCUUUAUGUGGCAUCGGAAGAAACUUUAUUUUUGAGUCUGAUGAAAUGGAUGGAGCAUGACAACCUGAAUCGUGAAAAUUAUGCCUUCAAAUUGUUUUCUCAUGUUCGAUAUUGGUUGCUGAGUCCCUAUUUUAUAAAACAACAUCAGAAAAAACUUUGCAAAGCAGCUGAGUGUUGGAAUAUGAUAUGCGAUUGGCUUCAAUGGCAUUUAUCACCAGAUAGUUCUGGACUGGAGUCCAGGGAGCUUUCUAAAGAUAAACUUAUUGUGAUUGUGAAAAAUCAGAUGCACACUUAUAAUCCGAAGCUAAACACCUGGGUAUCUGAAACACUUCCAGGCUUUCCAUUAUCAUUCGAUAAAAUACUUGAAACAAAUAAGAAGCUUAUUGUUAAAGUCGAUAAUUCUUUACAGUGCUAUGAUCUCCACUCAAAUGAAUUAUCUAAUCUACCUCAAUUGGAUAUACCGAGAACUGGCUUUGGAAUAGGUAUACUGAAUCAUGAGUUGUAUAUUGUUGGUGGUUACACUCCUAACCCAGUUUCUUGGAAGAGGCAUGUAGAAAAAUUUAAUUUUUCUUUAAACAAAUGGCAAGCUGUAGCUCCCAUGAACAACAGACCACUUUCCAAUCCUAUAGUAGCCGUUGCUGGUGGAUUUUUGUAUGUUUCUAAUAAAGAAUAUGGUACAAUUGAUUGCUUUAAUCCUCAUUCUAAUGAAUGGACUUUCAAAUAUGGUCCACCUAACUCACCGAACUUAAAUUAUUGUUUCACCAAUAUAAACGAAAAACUUGUUAUUGUUGGAGGCCAAUUAUCGAACAACCAGAUUUCUAAAUCUGUUUCAAUAUUAUGUAAUGGUUCAACUGCCAACUGGAAUAUAUAUCAAAUGAGGCUUGCACUAUCCAGACCUAAAUGCGCAUCUUGGAAUAAUCGACUUAUAAUUUGUGGUGGAUAUGACGAUACUAAUACUCUUCUAAACUUCAUUCAAGAAUACAAUCCUGAUUUAAAGAAAUGGAGAACUUUGGCUUCGUUGGAUCAUUUAAAUGAUGAUAAUUAUGAUAUCAUUAAUAUACCAAAUGGAAACACUGAUGUAGCUAUGAAUGGUACCUAA